AUGUCAUUCCCGCAAAAUACGUCAAAUGCAGUACUCGUUGAUUUUUUGAAAAAAGUGGGGCAUAUCAAAAACGAUAGAGUGGAGCAGGUCAUGCUGAGCGUUGAUCGGGCUGAUUUUUGUCCACAGAAUUCGUAUCAGGAUUGCCCCCAACAGAUUGGAUACAGUGCAACUAUUAGCGCUCCCCAUAUACACGCUUUAGCUUUAGAACUUUUGAAUGAUCACUUGAGGGAUGAUCACACAGUACUGGAUAUUGGCUCCGGUUCCGGCUACUUGACGGUUUGCAUGGCACUUAUGGUUGGUAGAAAAGGAAGAGUGAUUGGCAUUGAUCACAUCAAGGAACUUAUAGAUCUUUCGAUCAGUAACAUUAAUAAGCACCAUAGCGAUCUGCUUAUGGAUGGACGAAUAACAAUGGUUACAGGCGAUGGUCGUAAUGGAUACAGAGCUGGUGCUCCAUAUAUGGCUAUUCAUGUUGGUGCUGCUGCACCGAAACUUCCCGAUAUAUUGGUGGAACAGCUUGCUCCAGGUGGUCGGAUGAUCAUUCCAGUAGGUGAAGUUUUCAGUGAUCAGCAUUUUGUUCAGGUUGAUAAAGAUUUAAAUGGUAAUGUAAAAAUUGAAGAAUUAUUUGAUGUUCUAUUUGUCCCUCUUACAGACAGAAAAUAUCAACUUGGCCAUUUAAAUUAG